GGUAAGGCAGAAAUAUCUUUAUUUUUAUUUAUGACAGUUCUCGCCGAUCUCGCGAUAUCUCAUCAUGGUAACAGGAAUGUUUGCCUGGAUACCACGGUCUUGUUUGAUACAGGGAGUCGAUAUUGAUUGCCAAACAUAUGCAGUCUGUUGAUGGAUUCCAGCUUUGGUGUCCUAGCCAGUCUCUGUGGAACCUGGUCACUGAACAUGUUUCUGGGUCAGAGCUGCCAAAGAUCCAUGCAGCAUUGGGCCACUCCAUUGUUGAUAUGUACAAAGAUGUGCACACAGAGGCGGAGCUUCGGUACAAGAUGUGGCAGGAGAGCCAGCAGGGUAAUUUUGGCAGCAGGGCAGGGACCCCCCUCCCACAUCAGCGCGGCUCCCCUCUAGCUGACCCACCCGCUGUCAAAGAGCUGUUGAGAGCCGAGGUCAAGAUGUUACUGCAGACUCUCAGAGAAAGAGUCAGCGGAGUGGGAAGAGACAGGGAGGAGCUCUUGUUUCAGUACAAACCUGAGCUGGUGGACUACGCCUUGGGUCACCUUGACAGCUGUCGCAGAAACUGUAUCGACCCUGGAGGUGUUGAUAAAGGAAGCAGACCGAGCUCUCGCUGCUCGGUUCGGUCCAGUGGUGAGGAUGAGAUUGACUCUAUGAGGGACAAACUGAACAUCACUGACAUCAACCAAGUGGUUGACCGACUCAGGUCUGUCCUUAUGGAGGAUUGUGGAGAGUUGAAAAGACUGGUAAAGCAUUUAAAGGCAAACAUUAAACAACAGUGUCCCAGUGAACCUACCCUUACAGAGCUGAGAGAGCUCAGAGGAGCUAUAGAAAUGGACUUAGAGCUGUACCCUUCCUCUUUGGCUGCUUCACCUUCAAGAUCCUCCCCUCUGCCUUUGAAGGAUUUGAAAAACAGGUUCAGACUGUCAGCAGGACAAAGGGUUCCUGAUGAGACUGUGCAAGAUUUAAGCACACCACCAGUCCCAAGACCUCACCAACCCCUGCCUCUGUGCCAGACCAAACCCAGGCCACCACUCAGUGCUCCUCCUCACAAGACCUCUGCAUCAGUUAAACUCAUUAAUAGCCCUUCGCUGUCCAGGACUCAGGGACAGAAAAGAAGCACUUUAGCUGCCUCUGGAACCAGAAAAAUACAAACGCCUAUCUGCAACAGGAUCACCGCUUCUGGGCAUCUGGACAGCCACUCCACUGCUACACUUCCACUUCCUGGCAGGGACCAGAUAAAAGAUAAAACCCUACGUGACUGCAGGGCUUCACCAGAGCAAGACAGUGCCGGUUUUCACCACAGGAGCUGUGUGUCUACUCCUGGUUUUCAAAUAGAAACCUCAAGUAUCUCCCCUAUCAACGAUACACAUCAGUCACCCCAUCGUAGUGUUCACAGCUCAAGCAGAAAGUGUGAUUUGUCACCACAGACUGAGAGAAAAAGAAGUCCUGCUGCCCUGAGGUUAGGACACAUAAAUAGCAUCCCCUCAGCCUCUCUCAGUGAUGCAGCCACUUACAGCUGCAAUAGAGCCGACCAAUCAGUGUCAACUAAAAGGAAUUCAAAGACACAAAAUGGUCAACAGAAUCAAACCUCUGGAGCUAGUGUAGUGUCAGCAACAGAGGAGAGAGGUGCAAAUGCUUCUGAGAGUUUUCCCUUUAGUUUUACAGAAAAUGAUUCAGUCCUGUCUGAAACUAAGAUUUCUCCUUCACAAACUGGCACUCGAGAAAGCAAUAACAGAGUAAACAAAAGUAGAAAUGGGGAUCAUAGGAAAGACAUUACCUAUCCAGGAUUCAAACAGUUGAAUAAACAAUACUAUACUCCCCCUAAAAGACCACUAGAGAGCACCACAAGUCAGAGCAGAAAUGUCCAAGAGGCAAAGACAGAGCUUAUUGGAAAGAUACUCCAGCCGGUCCCUCCACCGAGGGUGUCGACUUGAAGUCAGACACUGAUGAGACAAAAACAAGAGGAUAGGCUGUUGCAUCUGUUGUAGGAAGAUAAAACAGUGGUUCUUUCAUUGCCUUUGCAACGUGAAAGCCUUUAAAGAAAUUAAAAGAAACUGGUAAAUGUCAAAGCUGUUUCUGGUCCUUCAGUUUUCCCCACCUUAUGGUCAAUUAAAAAAAAAUGUAACUCCUUUAUAUUUAUGUAAAAAUGUGUGUUAAGAUAAGACUGUACAACCCCCCAAAAUACAUUUCACUCAAAAAAAUCUA